AUGAUCGAUGUUUAUGGCACUUUUUUAUGUAACUGGACCAGAUUUGUAGUUGCUCCCGAUGUUUUUCGAUUUUUAGUUUUGAUCAUGAACGAGUUCAAGGAGAAUAGCGGAUAUAAUCAUAAUUCAAUAGGUCAGGUCCACUUACCUUUUCUUUUGUUGAUUUCAAAUCUUUUCAAUGGAUUUGAUUGGUAUAAUUUAGUUACUUUUUUAUUCCAAAUAAAAAAAAAACAUGAUUUUCUUUUAGUCUUCUUGGGAUCGGGUCUUUUAUUAGAAAGUCUAGGAGUAGUAUUACUUCCCAAUCCAAUGUAUUCGGCCUUUUCGUUGGGAUUGAUUCUUUUUUGUAUAUCCUUAUUCUAUAUUCUAUCGAACUCAUAUUUCGUAGCUGCUGCGCAGCUCCUUAUUUAUGUGGGAGCUAUAAAUAUUUUAAUCAUUUUUGCUAUGAUGUUCAUGAGUGGUUCAGAAUAUUACAAAGAUUUUCAUCUUUGGACCGUUGGGGCUGGAGUUACUUCAAUAGUUUGUACAAGUCUUUUUAUUUCACUAAUUACUACUAUUCCAAAUACGUCAUGGUACGGGAUUAUUUGGACUACAAAAUCAAACCAGAUUAUAGAGCAAGAUUUGAUAAGUAAUAGCCAACAAAUUGGAAUUCAUUUAUCAACAGAUUUUUUUCUUCCAUUUGAACUCAUUUCAAUAAUUCUUUUAGUCGCUUUAAUAGGUGCAAUUGCUAUAGCUCGUCAACAAUAAAUCUUUAAAACUAGGAAUUCCAUUCAAAUAAAAUCAACGAAAAUGAAUGUUAUAAUCCUUUAAUU